UCUCCUUCUCGCCUUCUCGUCUCUCCGAGAUUUCUAGGGUUUCCAGGAACUCUCUGCGAUCGAUUCCGGUUAAGGGCUCGCGCGCGCGAGAUAGGUGGAUUCUUUCAGUGGCCCAGGUUCCUUCGCUGAUAUUUUCUUUGCUUUUGUUUGCUUAGAAAGAGUUUCAACUUUCAAGGUUACGGACAUUAUGGCAUUCAUAUACUGCUUUGGAAAUCUUCAAGAGAACAAUUGCAAAUAUUGCAGGAAGAUUGUCUAAGGAACUCUGAAAUUGGUCCUCAGAAGUAUAUGAGUUGGGAUAUUAUUUAGGAGGAUGACGCCAAAAAAAUGCAUGCCUAAAUGUGACUUGAUGACUGAAAAUUAUGUUUCUUCUGAUUUUAAUCAAGAAAUUGUGUCAUCUGUCAAGCUAGUUGACUCUCAUCAGGAAAAGGAAUCAAAAUCAGAUGGCCAUUCAAAAGGUCGAGAUAGUACAGAAUGUUCUGACAUCAAAGCAGGAAGCCAGCCUGCUUCCAAGUGUUCUAUUAGAAACAGUAUCCCUGGAAAACAAACUGCAGUACAUGAGACUGAUAACAAAGUACCAACUGAGUCUGCUGCACAAGGUCAGAGUGAUAAUGAUAGUUGGGCAGUAGCACUUGCUCAGUAUGAUGAACAGGUAAGGAACAAAUCUGUUCUUGAUGCAUGGCACCGUCAUAGCACCGCUGUAUCUGCAAAACCUUGCUGGAGCACAUCACAAAGACUGUCCCAUGACUCACAAUAUGGACCUAAGAGUCAGGAUGACGAAUAUCGAUCAAGAAGAGGAUUGACCAGAGAUUUAAGUGAUUUUUCUGGCAGCCAAGAUGACUCUAAGAUUUCAAAUUGGGAGAAAGCAACUGGGCUGCAAACUGCAAGAAGAAGUUCUAGCACUAACAUAGAGAGUAAUCGAUGGGACUCAUGGGUUGUGGCAUGUGAUCAAACAGAUAAAUGUGAUACAAUGAAUACAAAGAAACAUACUCCUAGUCGUUGCUUAAUGGAUGAAAAACAUGCUCUUCCUGCCAGUCAAGAAAUUGUAUCAUCUGUUAAGCGAGGUGACCCUUAUCAGGAGAAGGAACCAAAAUCAGAUUAUCAUUCAAAAUGUACCAAACGUGCUAGAUGUUCUGUUAUCAAAACAGGACAUCAACCUGUCUCUAAGUGCUCCAUUCAGGAUGGUAUCCAUGGAAACCGAACUGCAAUGCACAAGACUGACAACAAAGAGCACACUAAUGAUUUGUCUGGCGCACAUCAUCGGAAUGAUAAUGAUGGCUGGCCUGCAGCACAUGAUCAGAGUAACAAAGAUAGUUGGGCUGCAGCGCUUGAUCAACAGGAUGAACAGGCAAGGAACUCCUCUGUCCUUGAUGGAUGGCAGCGCCAUAGCCCCGCCAUAUCCAUGAAACAUGAUCAGGGCAUGUCAAACAGGGGUUAUCAUCAUGGCCCUUCCCAUGGUUCACAAUUUGAAAAUGAGACAUGUGAUGAAAGAUAUCAAUCAAGAGGAAAAUUGGCCGCACAUUUAAGUGAUUCUGCUGGCAGCAAAGAUGGCUCCAACUCCAAGAGUUCAAAUUGGGACAAAGCAACUGGACUUCAAUCUGCAAGCAGAAGUUUUAGUUCCAACAAAGUAACUAAUGGGUGGGACCCAUGGGUUGCAGCACAUGAUCAAACAAACCGAUGGGAUAGAAAGAACUCAAUGAACCAGAAUCCUACAUUUGUCGUGAUGAAUGAAAAACAUGCUCCUGCUGUCAGUCAAGAAAUCUUAUCAUUGGAAAAACACGAUGAGUCUUAUCAUGAGAAGGCACCCAAAUCAGACCAAUCCUCAAAAUUUGCAGAGACUGAUAACAAAGAAAAAACUGAUAAUUGGUCUGCGGCACUUGAGCAGCAUGAUGCAUGGGUAAGCAACACCUCUCAUGGUGGAUGGAACCGUCAUUCUACUGUAUCCACAAAGUAUAGUCGGAGCACAACAGACAGGAGUCGCAGCCAUAGCCCUUCACAUGGUUCGAGAUAUGGAUCUGAGACACGGGAUGACAGAUCAAGAAAAGGAUUUUCCACAUGUAUACGAGAUGUUUCUGGUAGCAAAGAUUGUUCAGAAAGUUCAAAUUGGGAGAAAGCAAUUGGCUCACAAACUGUAAAUAGACGUUUUAGCCCCAAAAAAGAGAGUAAUACGUGGGACCCUUGGGUUGCAGCGUGCAAUCAGACUAACAGAAAGCGUAAGAGCAUGUCUUCUGGCUGUGAACUGUGGGGGGAACACAGUUGUGAUAUUAAACCGAGACAUGGUUCAAGUCAGUCAGGAAGCAGGAGGUGGAACAUCUCAAAUACCAUCAAGCAUGGUCCUCGGAGUGCAGAUAAUAGUGGUCAAACUAGGGCUGGAGAAUUUCCUAUUGCAUGUACGGGUAUUUCUUGUAACAAGGAUGAUUCCAGGGGUUCGAAUUUGAACAAUGUGUCUGGUGAUUUGAUUGCAAAUAGAGUUGGUAUGUCCAAGACAAGCACAGGAAGGUGGGGUGCAGCACCUGAUCGAGCUAAUAAGAGCAUGCCUCCUGAUCUUCAUACAUGGAGGAGGCGAGGUCGUAGUAUAUCCCCGCAAGUAGGUUGGAACAAGCUUGAGAGGAGUCCUACUCCUUUGUCUGUCACGAAGUCUGGAUCUGAGAGCUGGAAUAGAAGAGAUAGAACAGGAGCAGGAAGCUCAGCUAGAGGUUAUAGUGACCGUGAAGAUGGUGCUUGGAGAAAAUCUGACAAUGAUAUGAGAGAGAUUAGGGGAAAUAGACCUGAAAGGAGAAGGCAUUUGAGUCAUCACAGCAGGGAGAGAUUUACCUAUUCAAUAGGGCGAAGUGAUCGCUCAAGAGAUGGACAUUGUCAUUGGGAUGUGCCUCACCAUGGCAGCAGGGCGAGAUUUACCUAUUCAAUAGAGCAAAGAGAUCACUCAAGAGAUAGACAUUGUAAUUGGGAUGUGUCUCACUCUGAUAGUGAUUGGGAAUGGCAUGAAUCCCACUUGAAUAACAAACCGACUAGUUCCAGUCAUGGUUUUGAUAGGGAGAGACACCAUGGAGGAGCCUUAACAAGUUAUGAUUUAAGAGAUGUCCAUGAGGAUGCUCCUUCCCAUGGUCCACUAUCUAUGAGAGAGGAAUUUGGACAAAGAAGUCAUGAAAGAAGAAAUGUAGAUUCAACUUUAAAACAGAGGCUUGGACCUCGCCAAGUUGGUGGUGCACCCUGCAAGUAUUUUGCUGAAGCCCAAUGCUACUAUGGAGAAAAAUGCAAGUUCUCCCACCAGCUAGAACUUGGCUAUCCCAAAGAUAGGCGACAUGAUGAUGUGUAUGCUUGUCAAAAGGAUACUAGAAGUACUUCAUCCUUGAAUAGGCAAAAGCGAGGUGAUGGAACAUCUACCAUUGAUUUGCCUAAUUCUGCUUGUUGGAUGGAUGUUGACAAUGAUGCAAGAUUCAGAGCUCCUCUCUCCACUGAUGGUUAUUUGUUAAGAAAAACUGAACAUGCACAAUCACAUAUUUUGAAGCCAGAACGCUCUGAAAGAGAUAUUCAGCAGAGUAUGGAUCCUAACAAUGGACUGAGCCAACAACAUGUCCACUCAGUUGUUCCAAAUUGGUUUCAUGAACACUCAUCUCCUUGGCAUCCGUUGAACACAAAUGGUUUUCCUUCAGAUGCCCGGAGUCAUCAAAUACUGAAAAAUGGGGAUGCCUAUAGUUUACCAGGAGACUCUGCUCAACCAUAUUCUGUUCCAUCUGUUAGUCAAGCAGUAGAAACCAGUGAAUGGAUUGCUUGUGUCCCUAGCAGCUCAACAACGUCAGCUAUGGUAAGCAAGCAACCUUCACAACUGUAUACUGGAUCAACUUGGAUCGACAGUACUGCAACACCUCCAGUACCUCCUGGAUUUUCUCCUGUUGAUCAAGGUGUUCAAGAACAGCAUCAUAAUAUGGACAACUUGAAAGAUUACGGUACUCAUACAGAAGCUCUGAAUCCAUAUUUGCAGACUAAUGAAUGGACCAAGGAUGAGAAUGUGAUGAUGAUGUUAAAGUUUGAACUUGUGGAUUUAGUGAAAGAAUUGUUAAGGCCGGCAUGGAAGAAUGGUAACUUGAGCAGAGAAACUCACAAGACCAUAGUUAAGAAGGUUGUUGAUAAGGUAAUCAGUUCUAUUAAUGGACCUGACAUUCCUCAGACAAAGGAGAUGGCUGAUAUUUACUUAUUAGAAUCCAAAUCGAAUAUCAGCAAACUUGUACAGGGAUACAUAGAAAAGUAUAUGAACAGCUGAAAUCGGUCUGCAGAACAGAGGCUUACGGCCUGAUACUCGUUUAUCAAAAUUUCUCUUUUCCAUAUAAGCACUCAAAUCAAAACCUCGCAAUUGUGAGAAACUCUGCUGAAUUUGACUGCUUUUUAAUUUCAGGAACCUGACAUGCAACAAUAUCUAAAGAGACCUGAUUUUUGUUA